AUGAAUGAAAAGGAGCAAAAGAGAUACGCCAAAAUUAUAGAAAGCAUAAAGUACACGCAAAAUGAAAAUAUCCUUCUGGAAAAUUUAAAUGCAAUUUGUCAGAAUGAAGGAAAAAGACAAGACAACCAAGUAGUGAUACAACUUAUUGACAUAUUUUUAGAAGAAAAUAAUUACUCCUACAAUGAAAAUUUUUUGUUUAAUUAUAACCUUUUGAAAAGGAGCAAGGAGUUACAUUUAACUGCCGGAAGGAAAAAUAAAUCGGAAUUUAGCAAACAAUACAAAAUAUGCGUGAAGCAUAAAAACGUCGAAAAGGUGAAUGAAGAAGAUUCUUACUAUUUUGCCUUGAGAAAAAAAAAUCUGUGUACCUUUAGUCGCGAAUUUUUAAAUGCCAAAAAAGUUAUUCUUCAGUUCAUCUGCAACAGUGUUCUCAAGGGAUGUGUGCAUAUAAAUUAUUUAGUAGAUAAAAUUUACGUAGAUUUUCAAAUUAAGAGCAGCAAAAAUGGGAUUACUCCACAGAGCGGGAAUUAUUGCAAACACUUAAUUUGCAAUGAUGAUUUGGUGAACAUCCUGAUCGAAACGAUCUUUACGCUGUUUGUGAGAGGUCUACAUGAAGAGCACGGGGAUCCCCAUGAUAUGGAAGAAGAAAAAAAAAAAAGAAAAAAAAACUUUCUUCUUAAUCAAAGUGAUAUUCAGAAAAGCUACCUGAUGCAUUCCAAGGAGCAGAAUGUCAAAGAUGAAAUGCACGACAUGGACAAUGACAACACCAACUUGGUGAACAUUUUAAAAAAACUAAUCAACAUUGAUAAAAGUUUUGUCAAAAAUGUGUUUUAUAUUUUUUUGAAAAAUGUAGAAAAGCUCAGCUUUAAAAAUGUACACAGAAAUGAAGCCGAACUAUGUGCAUGCGUUGUGAAUAUCUUUAAGGAAAUUAUUUCCUACUGCGAUGAAUUCGAAAUAGGAACUGUGUAUCACAUACUUCUGAAUAAUGAGGUGGUGCGGAGAAAUCGGAUUUUGCACAGGUACAUAGUGGCACUGUGCAUACUGAACCUGCGCAAUGUGUAUAACGCGUACAACCUGGAGCUCUGCAUGGGCAUCGUCUGUGGGGAGCUGCGCUUGGAGGGGGAGGACGAAGAAGAAACAGAAAGUGAAGAGAAAGACUGUGAAGAAACAGACGGUGAAGAAGAGGAUGAUGCUGUACCGAACGAUGAAACCUUCAGUAGCGAACUACCUGACAAAGCCCAGAUGAACACCCAUGAACUCGCCGGAAACGCCGCCGAAGAAAGGGUAAAACACCUGGUGCUGUUUCUCCUCAUAUUUGCCUUCAAAAUAUACGACAUAAGUUACCUUAACGGGUGCGUGCAGGAGCCUUUGCAGAGAUUUCUGCGAUUACUAAGGAGAAAUAUGCAUUCCUUGAAGGACAAAUUUUACCACGUGUUAAAAACGAUCAUAUUUUUUCUCAUUCUGGUGUUUCACAAUUUAAAUAUUGACAAAAAUGAAACAGUGAUGUACAUUUUAGAAUGUUUAGAUAUACUGCUUGAGGCUUAUUAUCCAAAUGGGGUAUUCCUCAGGGGAAGCGAUGGUCCUGCCAACAUACCAGGUGAAGGCGCUACAAAGGUGGUGUCUAAUGAGGAGGCCCAUGUAAAAUGUGAAGAAUACAACUCGGUUAACUAUGCAGAUAAUGGGGACCAAUUUUGCUGUGAAACAGAGGGGAUAACAGAACCGAAGCGAUGUGAAAGAGAAGCAUAUAGUAAUAUGAACGAAGUGGAGGGAAGUGUCCUCGGAGACAACAGUUCAAUCCGUUCCAAGUGGAAUCCCCAGCAGAUGAACCUUUUCGAAUUUAAUAUCUCGCCGUUGCUUCUAUGCUUAACAAUUCCUAUUCACCUUGAGUACAACCUUAACCAGAAGAACGAAGAAAAUUCGAACGGAGUCAAUCGAAGAAUUCUGGAUAAAUCGAGGAGGCUGAAGAGUAAGUGGGUUACGUUUUUCAAAAAUUAUAAUAACUGUUUUGGGGGCUAUUUAAGGAGGAGAGAUAUGGGAAUGGCCCGCUAUUUGGAUUAUGGUAUUCACGAGGGGAACCCCUCAACCCAGUUCUACAGAACAAAAUGUAGUGGGGGAAACCACCUCAGCAUAAUGGAAAACAUAAUGGAGGAGGUGAAUUAUCUAACGAGUGAAUCAAACAAUUUAACAAAAGAAGAUAUUUUGGAAAUCCUAUGUGUAAAUAAUAUUUUAUUUUAUUUACACGAAAUAUUUGUCUACAUAGAUCUGAUUUAUUUGAUGCGCUUCUUCCAAAUGUGUGAAAACGAUCAGCACAAAUUUCGAUGCAUAAACGUGGUACUAAAAAACAGAGAAUUACUUGUUCUAUUUAAGAUGAACACAAAAUUUUGUAUUAAUACAUUUGAAAAUUUGAAAAAUGAAAAUAUAUCCAAAGUGAAUUUUGUUUAUAUCAAUUUGUUGAUAUUGUCUCUAUUUGAGUGUAAUUUAUUUUACGUUUUUAAAUUUAUGUCAUAUUACUGUUUAAUAAAUUCGUUUCAUUUGUUGUGGUUUAUUCCUUCUUUGCUUUUUGUAUAUAAGAUGUCUUUCUCAAGCUGCGAAGUACAGGGCGGGAGCUUCAAAAUGGUGGGCCCUUCUCCCUCUGGCGAAUCUUCUGGCCAGGGAGAUGCGCGUAGGCAUGCGUUUGUUUUGAGGAGCCUAAUCCUGCACAUGCUGAGCAAAAUCGGAUGCAGUGAUAGGAACAUUCCAGUUGUUUAUAACUGCAUAUGUAUUUUGCUGAGCAGCGGAAGUGGCAAAACAGGUGAGGAGGGAGAAUUGUCAGGGUACCCCUCUGAUAAGUUAGCUAACCCGACCGAAGAUGGAAUAGAAUCGAAUUCAUGUGAGGAAGGGAAAAUGAGAGCAUACUACUACCAUAAAACGGAGGGUAACCUUUGGGAAGAAUUUUCGUUCAACAAAUUGUACCUCCUACACUGCUACGACAAAUUAGUGGAUGUGAACGAAAAUAUAAUCAGCAAGUACUUCAAGUAUGUGGAGGGUACCUUCGAGUUGGCAAGUCACAGUGGGAAGAAUAUCGUGGGUGUGGAGAGUAAACAUAUUAUUCAGAAGAGCAACAAAGGGAGGGGGAAUCCCAAUCUAGAUGAACCACAUGAGAAGGAUUGUACUGAAAACUGGAACAACAUCGAAUACAUGACAGAGGAAAAUAUUAACGUACUUUUUGACUUAAAAAAUGUGCUCAUACUGUUGAAGCUGUGCAGAUUUUACAACGUUAGCAAUUAUAUCAAUAGUAUCAUAAAGAUGAUAAACUCCUUUUUUAAAAAGUACAAAAGUGGUAUUUCGAAGGAGGGUUAUGUUGAGAAGGUCCAAAAUGGCAUUAUAAAAAUGAGCAUACAAAUUUUGGUAAUCCUCUCGAUGAAGAAGUACAUAGAGUUUGAAAUUAUUUAUAAUUUACUGAAGAAGAACUUUUUAAAGAAUACGGUGGGUAGUGGAGGGAAUGGGGGUGCAGACAUCAUCUGCUCCGUAGUUUGCUUCACGAGGCAUUACAUCAAGCACAUGAUAUAUGAGAAGGAGAAGCUGUGCGCCGAGCAAUAUGAUAUUCUGUACCAUACAAAGCUGAAAUACAUUUUUAAAGAUUUGUACAAAUUGCUGAGCGUUAACAAUGAGAGCAUCCUGGCCGAAAUUGUUAACGUCAUGUCGGAGGUUUAUCCAGUGUACUAUCAACAUUUUGAUGUGAAUACACAAGGGGGUAGCGUCAGUGGCAGUGGGGUUUUUUUUGAACCAAGCGAAGGUGGACCAUAUGAUGAAGUCCAAAAUAUAAGUAGUACAAUUAACCACCACAGCAGCACAAUGUAUAGUAUGAACCCUGGGGUGUGUGAACUAAAUGUUCAAGAGAAAAAGAAUUUGCUAAGUCUCUUCUUCGACAAAAAUUUUGUACAUGAAUCAUUCAUGAAAAGUCAGUUUCACCAAAACAUUUAUGAAAAUUUACAGAAAGAAUUUUUGAAGGACGAAAUAAACAACCUGUCCUUAUACAACCUGAGGAAUGAGAAUAACAGCAAUAGCAACCAUCUGGUGAGGGUCCUGUACAAACUUUUCUACUCGAACAUUAAGAAUGAUAAAAUUUCUAAUUUUAAUUAUUAUGUGAAGUUACUGCUCAGUGAUAAAUUUCAACACCUUGAGGAGAUUAUUUCCAUUUUGAAGAACUUGCCUUUUUUUCAUGUCCACUACGUUUCUUUCUUCUUUUACGUGCUGAAUUGCUUCUUCGAGAAGAUGCAAAGGAAGUUUGACGCUGGGGAAGACUUCAUUUUGCACGUACAGGGGAAAGCAGCUGAUGAGGAGAUCCAAAAAACGGGGAAGCCUAUUGAAAAAUCGAAGGGGGGUGGAGCCUCUGCGGAAGUAGGUAAGAAAAGAGUCACAUACGAAAUCAUCUGCAACAGAAUGUACGAAGAAAUACGGCGAAUCAUAGGUGAGGAUAAUCUGAACGUCUAUGUGUUUUACCCCGUAUUGAGUAUCCUAUGUAAGCACAACAACGAUAUUAACGAGAUUUUAAAUUUCUUUUAUGAGAGAAUUAAUUCAUAUAUUAAGGAGCACGAUGGAAAAUUGCAGGGCAAUAAGAACGAAGUGGUUUUGAUUUUUCUUUGCCUAAAUUAUAUUCACACGAACGUUUCCCAAAUUCCAAACUUUUAUACAUUUCUUACCAACCUUCUGGAGGAAGUGGCUAAUCGCAAGGUGCGAAAUAUUCUGUUUCUGUGCCUGAGUUCGUGUUGCUACUACACCAAUUUAAGCGGCAUCGAGAUUUCAAUGAUUCUGGCUCUACACACAAGUGAAUUGGGCAGUGGCGACGGGAUCCACUUGGAAUACCUACCCCUUGGGGGAGGGAAAAAGAGCGACAGUGGCAGGGACAUUGAGCAACGGGAAGUGGAGAAAAUGGAACAACGCGACGAUGAUGAGAACCUGCACUUUUUCAUAUCCAUCGGGAACCUCUGCUUCUACCUGUACAAGCACUACAACAGCCACACAUUCGACGAGACGAUCAGACAAUUUUACGACUCCUUGGUAAAGUCGCUACAGAGAAAAGUCGACAACGCGAUUAUCCCCCUGGCGAAUGUUAUGAUGUACCUUUACAUAAAAAAAGUGAUAGAUGUGUACGAAAUGGUUAGCACCUUCAAAAUGGUUAUUACCAAUCUGGGCAACGACCUCGUGUAUGAUUCGAAGUACGUCAUCUAUGGUCUCUGCUCCCUCUACCGUGUCUUAACAUUUUAUCAUAAGAAAAAUUUCGACUGCUUUGUGUGCGAAGAGAUCCCCUUAAGGGAGGAUAUAACUAACCAUUUUGACGUCAAGGAUGGUGAUGUUGAAGCAAAGCAAAGUGAGGGCCUCAAAGGAACGAUGCAACUACUAUCCCAUAGGAUGCACAAAAUCAUUGUACAGUAUUUUGAAGAACUUGAUGAUAAAAACGUGAGUCUCAUUUCAUAUUGCAAUUUGAUUGGGAUAAGAAACCUCGGCGUGGAGUGCAUUUCGACUGACUACUUUGAUUCAAACGAAUAUUCCAAUAUGACUAUUUUAUUUAUGAACAGAUUUAUAAAAAAAGAUUUCGAAAUUAAAAAAUGCGUAAGUGCAACGAAUAACAUUUUGGCAUGCACAGAAUCAGAGGACGAAGAUGAAACGUUGCAUGGUGGGAAUAGUUCCAUGUCGAGGAGGAAAGUUGUUAGAACUGAUCUCUUGGUACAAGAAAGAAGCACAUACGCAAAGCAGGACAUUAGUUUGUUCCUUUAUCAAAAUGAUAAUUACAAAUUAAAUAAUGAUAUUAUAGUGAAUGACCACGGUACCAUUUUGACACUGAUUUAUUUAUUCUGUUAUAAGUAUUAUGAAGAGGUAAAUACAUCCCUCAUUAGGGUAGAAAAUAUUGAGAAAAAAAAUAUGCUCUAUCACGUCUAUUCCAACUUACUCAGAAUUGAAAAUUACAUAAAGGGGUUUUUAAAAGUAGGGAACUUCCUCGACAUUGAUGCAAAUUCGUUUAGGAAGGAUAAAGAAUAUGAACAGGUUAAGUUGAAUAUUCUGCUCCAAAUGGAGGGGGAAGAUGUGAAGUCUCUACACCUGUUCAAAACCGAACUGUUUGAUCAUUUGAGAAGGCUCAUAAAAUCGAUGAAGCUGAUAAAUUAUGUAAAGUUGGAUGUUCAGAUAAAGGAUGCUGUGUUGAAUAUAUACUCGUAUGUAACGAAACUCAUAAGAAUCUUUUACAUCCUCCUCCAAGUGAUGAUUGAAAAAAUUACGGAAAAUAUAAGUCAGAACAUGAAAAGGUAUUACGAAGUUUAUGAGGAGUUUAUAAGGAGGGUACACAUCUUAUACGAAUGUCGAGUAAGUAUAUUUGAAUAUUUCUCCCUUUUUAGCUCCUUUAACAAUUCAUAUGGCCACAUCUUUUGCAAUUUCAGCAACUACUUCGAAGGGUUCAGCACUUAUGAGAAGUACAUGUAUGUUAAAUGUAUUACCAAUUUUGAGCGAAUCAAAAAAGAAGAAAUAAAGUUUGUCUAUUUGAAUGUUUUAAAAGGUGCUAAGUUGUUUCAUGAGGACUCGUCUUUGUGGAUCUAUGCCAUUUCCAUACUUAACAUUUUGCUGAAAAAAAUUUACAAAAGUACGAGGAGAAGUGGGAAAAUCGAAAUGGACUCAAGGAAGAGUUAUUAUGACUUGGGCUCCUACAUCAAAUUCGCAUUCAUCACUGUUUUUAACGAGACGGUGGUGACUCGUUUUAGGGAUAACUACUAUAAUCACUACUCUGUAUAUAUGCCCACGGAUGAAUACUACAACACGAGAGCAUUUGUCAAAGUAGGGGAAGAAGAAAAUUUCAAGAACUCGCCAAAUUAUGAGAAAUGGAAAAAUCGACUUGGUUGCGAAAAACCAAUGGUGAGAAGCACAGGGGGGAAAAGACAAAACAAUGAAAAUUCUCCGAAGAAGUUCCCUUACGUGGACAUUCCCUUCAACGUCAUGCUAUGCAUAGCUGACUUCCUUGCCCAUCUGUGCAAAAUAAUUAUUAAAGAAAAACUAGACGACGAAAUAAACGUGGACGAGCUUUUGAAAAAUUUCCCCGUCCUCAUUCAAGGGUAUGUCAUGCUAAAAUUGAGGGUAUCCUCUAAAAGGUUAAAUUUGAUUAAAAAUAAAAUCCUGUUUUAUGAGCCGAAGUAUCACUUCACAUUUAGGGAGAGAUUACAAGACUUCUACUGUGCCCGGGAGAAAUUUCGAAAUGAGGAAAGAACAAUCUCAUUAACAUUAGAUCAUGAGAAACUCUUCCACUAUUUUCACCACCUCUUUUGGGUAAAAGAGUGCAUAUAUUUAGCGUAUAUAUAUAGUCACUUCGGGGAGAAGCAGAAGAUCUUAGACGGCUUGCUGCAAAUGUGUAGUGUGUCUCAGGUUAACAAGGAUUAUCUCUACGUCGUUGUCACUUCCUUUGUUCUGUUUUGCAUGAAGUGCAAAAACAGUUCCUUCCUAUUGAAUAAUUUUAUGUAUAAUUUUGGUCCCCUAAACGAAUUGAGCGGGUUAUUGGGGGAGUUUUUAGCUGAGGGGGAAGGUGUACCAUUUCCGUUCUUUGGUGGCGAAGAGAAGAGGGAGGAAUUACCCACUAAGUACAGCGGGUUGGAUUUUACCAAACUUAACACAUAUGGUGACCUUCCCAGGAGUAGUAACAACUGGAUCCGCAUCCCUGGUAGUAAGAGCGUCGACGGGGGAAGUACCCCCCCGAAAGAUAUCGAACUUGCAAAAAUUCUUUUCAUCAUCGAGGAAGAAUUCCUAAGGACGAAAAUGAGAAAUUCGUUUCGAAAAAAUACACACCCACAGCGGACGAAAGACAAAAAUCUCUUACAUGAAUUAUUUUUAGAAAAGGAUAUGUUCUUUUUAAAAAAACUGGGAAUAUUUUACAUGAUAAAAAAUAACGAUCAAAGAACCAAAUUGCGGCGAAACUACAACAAAAUGAUUUCCCUUUUUUGCAAAAAAGAGAAACAAAAUUUGUUUAUUAAGCCAGGAAAUAUACGCAGGGGUGUACCUCAGGGGGAUGACAUUACCACGGGGGGAUAUACGGAAGACUUUGUCGAUAACUCCUAUAUGAACAUGACGUUUUUUAACGCCAAUGCUGAAGAUAACGCCUUCAUUUCUGGAGAGCGUGAAAUUUUCACGAAAUAUUUAACGGUCCCUCUAUGUAUGAAAGAUGUUUUUACCUUUUUCGAAUUGAAUUUGAAUAAAAACAUCUUGACGAAUAGUUAUAACAAACUUUUUGAUGAGAGGGCUACGCGAAAUGGGAAGAAGAGGGACAACGCGAAGGUGUCGGAGAGUGAUGAGGAGAACGCGGAUGACACGACUGUUGGCAAAAAAUGGCACACUGAUGAGACACCCCCUUUUUCAGACUUAUCAGAUAUAGACGAUAAGGAUUGCAAUAACAAUAGUUACAAAGGUGACAUGAGCAACGAUAUGGAAAAAACUUCAUUUAUGGAAAAGCAACGGAAAAAAAAAAAAUUUUUACUGUACGAUAGUACGUUGCUUAACUAUUUGAGUAGCAAAUAUUAUUCCGUUAAUAAUUACGAACUCUACAUAGUCCAUAUGGGAUUUCUUGGCGACGAUAUACGAGAGGCAUUGUUUGAGGGAACCGCCCCCGCCUCCAGAGGAUGUGUGGAUCAUAUUCGCAGAAAGGAAUUGACAGAUAAGCUCGCUAGGCAGUUCGCCCUCCAGCAGAACUUUUUUAAAAAUUUAACUUUCUUUUUCAUCACCUUCCCGAAGGGGAUCGUUUUAAACAGUUCUGAGUAUUUCUUCCCCGACAACAGAAACCAUUUCGUACAGAAGGUGAUGAGUUUCCUGUGGCAAGAGUACGUCAGCAAGUACGGAUAA